CCCACGUCCAUACGUACAUCGGGCCUCCGCUUCGACACGACGCCAGCCUCUCUCUCACCCGUCCCCUUUGCUUGCUGUCCCCCCUCUUCUUGCAUUGCUACAGCUUCUCCUCGCCCAGACGACCGUUUUGAUACCCGCAGUGCGCAGCCAUGUCCGAGUUCAUAGGAUCUCGCAUAUCUCUCAUCUCCAAGAGCGACAUCCGCUAUGUCGGUACCCUCGUCGAGAUCAACUCGGAACAGUCGACCGUUUCCCUCGACAAUGUGCGAUCCUACGGCACCGAGGGACGAAAGGGCGGCAAGGACGAGUACCCGCCUUCCGACGUCAACUACGAGCAAAUUGUCUUUCGCGGCAGCGAUGUGAAGGACCUGCGCAUUGAGGAGCCGGCCAAGGAGAAGGCCCCGCCUCCAGCCAUGCCCCAGGACCCAGCCAUCAUCGGAGUACCGCAGUCUCAGCCCCGCCAAGAAAGCGCCCCGCAAGAACAGCAGCGCCCGCAACAACCGCCUCCGAACUUCCCUCCGCAGCAUGGCCAGUUCCCACCAGGUGGCUAUCCUCCGUUCGGCGGCCCCGGCGGCCCCGGCGGCCCAUACCAGAACCGCUUUGGUCCGCAGGGUGGAUUUCCUGGCGGUCCUCCUGGCCCUUUCCCACCAGGACCCCCUGGCGCAUUUGGCAUGCCUCCAUAUGGACCACCUCCCCCAGGUUGGUUCCCGCCAGGCCAAGGUUUCAAUGGACCUCCCGGACCUCCCGGACCCUACACGCCUCAAAUGCCGGCUGGUCCUCCUGGACUGCAGAACCAGCAUCAGAAUCAGAGCCAAAACCAGAACCAGCCCCCAACAGGCCCGCGAGGCGCUGCUCCAACAGGGCCUCCAGCGGCCAAGAACGAGAAGCCCGCUGCACAGCCCAAGGCUGCUGAAGUAGAUGGCGCCACGAAGCCUGCACAGGCAAAGACGGGCGCAAAGGCAGCAGGAAAUGCACCCGCACCAGCUGCUACCCCUAAGCAAGCUCCACCUCCACCCGUCGAGUCGAAGCCAGAUGUUGCGGCUGCGCUUGCGCCUCCACAGCCUUUGCCGGUCCAACAAGCCCGAGGUGUACCAAAAACCGCUCCGACAGGACCAAAGGGUGGCCGCAUCAUUCCCGCUAUUCCGAUCGCUAGCCCGAACGUGACCAAGAGCACACCACGAACACAACAACCAGCUGCAGCUCCCGCUGUUCAGCCUGCAGCUACUGCCGCUCAGCAACAGAAUGCGACUCAGCUUGCGACUGCUGCUGUCGCCGAGGCUAUGGCGAAGCUCAACCUUCAGAACAGAGGACAGGCGCCUGCACCAGUCUCAGACCCUAUGAACAACUUAGCGCAGAAAGUCGAGGGAAUGAGAGAGCACCAGAGCCGUCAAACCCGCCAGCCAGCCCCUGGUGGAUUCCGUGGCGGUCGUGGCGGAAGAGGAGGAGGCAGGGGUGGUCACCAGCACCCAAAGAUGGAAGUCCCGACAACCGAUUACGAUUUCGAUGCUGCGAACGCGAAGUUCAACAAGCAGGACAUGGUCAAGGAGGCUAUUGCAACGGGAUCGCCGCUUGGUGACGCCUCUGUCGCGCCAACGGUCGAGGCGGUUUCGAAUACCCACGCAAACGGCGCCUCCGAAAGCAAGGGAGACGUUGUUAUCCCCUCUGCAAUGUACGACAAGGGCUCCAGCUUCUUCGACAACAUCUCGAGCGAACUCAAGGACAGGGAAGAGGCUGCCAGCCGUCGCGGUCAGGAGUUCCGUACCGAAGAGCGAAGGAAGAACAUGGAGACUUUCGGCCAAGGCAGUAUCGAUGGCUACCGCGGUGGAUACCGAGGUCGUGGCCGUGGUCGAGGACGCGGUCGCGGCGGCUUUGCCUUCAGGGGCCGUGGCGCACCAACUGCCUUUGGGGACCAGCCAACGGCUUAGGAAUUUUCAGGUGUUACAUGAGGACUUGGGUCCUUGCCAGACUACAUGACAAGUCACGAUUGAAAUGAGAAGUUUUGGUGCGUGAGUGAAGCGCAGGCUGGACAUCAGGGAAUUGGGGGUCUUUCUCGCUUGCGUCUCGGAGUCAUGCAUGGCGAUCAGACCUGGCUUUCAUACCUCUUCAAAAAAAAGUGGCUUCCAGCAAAUCUGUAAAGAUGGGCGGUAUGGUCUUUUUUCUCCCCACGGUUACUGGCCAUUUGGGCCCGAAUCUGGCGUUUGCGUAUCUGAUCGGGAACCGGUUUGAGCCGCGUGCAACAUAGCGCGCGUGCUACUUUGUACUUGUAGGCUGAGGUGGAAAGAAAGCGGAAUGGGAAUGGGAAUGGGAAUGGGGGCGUUAUCGAAGCAGCUAUGAGAUCAGGUGACGGAUGACGGUCGCGAUAUUAUAUGAAGAA